GUCGGUCGGUCGGUAGGUGCAUCAGCAGGUGCGGAGGUCGGUUUUGGACUUUGCGUAUCGCACUCUAGCAAACUUCCUACACACUGGACCGCAUCCAUCCAGGUAGCUACUAGUCAGCCAGCCAGCGGUGGAACGCAGACUCGGUUUUGGCGCUGAAGUCCUCCCCCUUCAACCAAGUGGCAGGCAGUCAACCCAGUGCUCGGAGUAUGUAUGAUAAGUUUUUGGUUUAGUUUUUCCCUUACACGAUAUAAAAGACCUUGCUCACAUUACCGCUGCAUUCAUUUAUCAAUCACAAAGCACUGUAGGUGCAAGUGCAAGUGCAGUAGUCUGCGGCGUGUUGUGUUGAGACGGUUACGCGUGGUGUUGUUGUUCGGAUUGCAUAAAGCGAGAGUUAUCAAGCGGCCGGGGGCUGGCAGAUCAGUGAAGUGUGGUGUGCAGAUUUAGUUGUUUUCAUCGACAUUUCCCGCUCGAAGCCGGACGACGAACUUGUUGCGGUUAGUUGGGUGUCAAUUAGGCGAGCGCGAAGAAAAUGAAGACAAUUUUGUGCAUAAUUGGGCUGAUGGCGGUGGUUCUCGACCUGACUCAGGCCGAGCCCGAACCAGUUGCUCCGGAUACACGGAAGGCACGACAUCCGUCUAGUGGACCUACAAGUUACAAUUCAAUUGCUGGACCCGAUAGUGAAACUUUGAGCAAGUUACAGAACCAGGUUGCUCCUUCGGUGCAAAUCCCACUGAAGCCCAUCGGAGUUCCUGGAAAAACAUCCGAGACUCCCCAAGCUUAUACUGUGACUUCGAGUCAACCAAGCUCGCUCCCGUCAACUCUAACCGCGCAGAACAUCGCAGGGCAGUACUAUGUCGCGAUGGCACCACAAGCCGCCGGAAACCAAGUAUUGUCUCCAGCGACCACCCCGCUGAUUAUGCAAUACAUCAACCCACAGGGACAACCCACCGGAGGUCUCCAGUAUAUCCAGCUACUGCGUCCAGUGGUGUACCCGUACGGCACCCAAUACGUCCAACCGUCCUACGUCCAACAACAGCAGCAACCAUCGAGCACCCACGGCCAGCAUCAGCCGCAGCAUCUGCACCACCUCCAUUCCCACCUAUCCCACUACUCCAGCCCUAUCCAGCAACUCUCCCAAGCAGCCGCUUCGCCCACCUCUCCCACCACCACCCAAUCCAGCUUCGUUCCCUUCCAGCCCUCAUCGCUUCAGCAGUACGCAACAGCAGCCACCGCCGCCACUCAUCAUCUCGCCUCACCCGCAGCGUACCCUAGCCAAGUGGCCCAGUACUCCAGUCCGGUCCUAUCCUACUACCCGCCCCGGAUCUCCCUAAUCAACGGACCCGGUGGCAUGGCUCUUAACACCAACGAAUACAUGCCAUCCCCCGGCGAUCAGGUUUACAUCAAAGGAGUGAAGUCCAUUCGGGCUUAAGGAAAAAGUGUUGAUGCAAGUCCCCAAACACAAACAAAAUAUUGGUACUGAUCUCCCCGUAAGCAGAUUCCCCAUUUCCUAUAGCGUCUCGAGUUUACCAUGAGAUUCCGUUGAUUAUUUAUAAAUGUAUUUAACAUGUUACCUAGUUUUAGCGACCCAACCAAAUGUCCUGCUUAGUGUUUUCUACUAACAAGAGGAAUUAUUACCGAUGAAAAUUAUUAGACCUAAUACUAGCGUGAUCGACAAAGACGUCCUAGAAAAUAAAAUAAAAAACGAUUUUUGAA